AUAUCAUCACAAUGAAAUACGCGUGUCAUAUUUUCAUUGGUAGAUACUUCAAAACUGAGAAAAUUUAACUUAAAGUGUAUACCACACAAUAUAUAAAAAUCUAUAAUAUAGGAAGACUCUCAUUACUAUAAUAUUGUCUCUCCAAAUAUUCUCAAACCAUGGCAUCAUCAGCUCCCAUCUCCAAAACCCAACUCACAAUUCUCUCCAUCUUUCUAACCCUAACCCUAGUUUUUGCCCUUGGAAAAGCCGAAGAUGGUUUCGUCAGAGCCAUGGAUAGGAAGCUUCUAGGGCUAAAAAAGCAAAAGUUCAGCCACUUUCGGUUCUAUUGGCACGACAUAUACAGCGGCAAAAAUCCUAGCGCGAUGGCAAUAAUCCAACCACCGGCCAAUGCAUCGAAAAGCGGGUUCGGGGCGGUUAGCAUGAUCGACAAUCCAUUGACAGAAGGGCCAGAAGUAAGCUCAAAGUUGCUAGGAAAAGCUCAAGGGUUUUAUGGAUUAGCUUCACAAGAAGAGAUUGCCCUAAUUAUGGCUAUGAAUUUUCAUAUAACUCAAGGGAAAUACAAUGGGAGCACUCUCACCAUUCUUGGUAGAAACCAAGUGUUUGAUAAGGUUAGAGAAAUGCCUGUGAUUGGUGGAAGUGGUCUUUUUAGGUUUGCAAGUGGGUAUGCUCAUGCUAGUACUCAUAAGUUUAAUCCUUCUAAUGGAGAUGCUGUCGUUGAGUAUAAUGUUUAUGUUCAACAUUACUAGCUAUUAUAAUAGUGAUUUAUUGCAUUUCAUAUAAACUUAAUAAUAAAGAAGAAAAGAUUCC